CUGCAAAAAUGAACAAUGGUAGCUCCCCAAAAUCUCAGGAUAAAUCACAGAAGAUGAAGAAAUCGAAGAAACUCAAUGAGGACUCUGAUAAGGAGACCGUGGAAAGCAAGCAAGUUCCAGAGAAUGAGAAUCCGAAAACAGAUGCCAAAGAAGAAGAAGGAUCUCAGGAAGCUUCAGACAAGAAAGACAAAAAGGAGAAAGUUCCAGAGAAUGAGAAUCCUAAGACAGAAGCCGAAGAAGAUAAAGGAUCUCAGGAAGCUUCAGACAAGAAGGAUAAGAAGGAGAAGGGCGUCGGUCGCUGCAAAAAAUGCAAAGCUAAAGCAAAGAUGAUGAAGAAGAAACUCAAAGAGGAGGCUGAUGGAGAGGAUGAGAAACAAAAACAGAACACAGAGAAGGGGGAUCCGAAAACAGAUACCAACGAGGAAAAAGGAACUUCAGAUGUGAAAGAUAAAAAGGAGUCGAGCAUCAUAACAUGGCGACACAAGAGUACAAAGAAAGACAAGAGUCAUGGCAAAAACUUGUGCAGCGUCAACCCUCCCUAUCAAACCGCUAGGUCUAUGUACCACGGUCCACCCAACCUUUCAAACCCGUGGAACAUGUACGCACCACCGAGAGUUUUGUAUCCAGCAUUUGCAAAGGGGCCAAUGUAUGGACAAUGUGCUGGUGGUGGUGGUGGUCCGUUUCAACCAUACCAAACCAUGAAUCCAGCAGCUGCAAUGUACAGAGGUGCUAUAAUGUCACCAUAUCCUCCUAUGGCAGCUAUGUAUCCUCCCUAUUGGCAAAGCAGACCGUUAACAGAUGCUAAUCCUAUCACACGUUACACUACCUACCGAGACAACUACACUACCCACCGAAACAACUACUCUUACUUCUUUAUCUAA